AUCGGUGUCUUUAUCGGUGACUUUUAGGACGAUACGCCUCUUCGUGAGCCGCAGCGCUGUUGCCCCAUGCGCGGCAGCCAGCAGCAGGCCCUAGAGGCAGCCCCAUGAGCAUGCAUCUAUCAUGCAGCUAAGACUUGCCGUGCUGCUCGGCCUCGCCGCGGCGCGCACCGCAGCCCCGGCAGCUCUCACGGCGCGCGACCGGCAGGUCCUCGAAAAAGCUAAGCUAAUAGACCGGUGGUUCGAGGAGCGCCGCCAGCACCCGCGGCGCGAGAUCGUCGGCCGCGUAAGAAGUGCCGCCAGGCGCGAAAAGGACCCCUGGGUCCCGCCGACAUGGACCGUGUCCAAAGAGGAAGACGUGCCCGGGCCCUGGCAGGAAGUCUCUGGCACGAACCAUGCGAAACAAGUCUUCCGGGCUUCAUUACACAACAAAAGUGUCAUCGUCAAGAAGAAGCACCACGACCCUCGUGGUCGAGACGACGCCGGCGCGACGAUCUACACAGAAUUAUUAUAUCUCGAAGCCUUACGGGGCGAGCCGGGCAUCCCCGAGUUACUGGGAGCGUGGUUCGAGCACGCGCACGCGACUUAUGUAGUGCAGGACUGCGGUGCAAUGAUCGGCGCCGGCGCCGGCUCCGCCGCCGACCCGACGAUUCUAUCAGAAGCGUUCCGAAAGCGCGCCUCAGAGCACCCGUUGCACCUCGCGCGGUCGCUGUUAGCGUGUUUCCAGAGUUGGGCGUCGGCCGGCUUCCUGCAGGACGACUUUUAUGCGCCCCAGUUCACUCUGUCUGAUGAAGGCGCCAUUUUUCUGGUAGACGGCCCCGACGACUUCCUAUUAUCAUCACCGCUGGGAAACAGUGUAGUGCACGCGUGGGGCACGCGCAACGAGUCGGAGCCGUGCCACCUGAAUCGCAUGGCGUUGCGGGACGUGCAUGGCGGUAAAUGCGCGCCCCAGGCCUGUGAAAGUGAUCACGACUGCCCGUGGACGCGCGAGAGCCACAGCUGCCGGGGCGCGGGGAGCUGCGAGCCCCGGUCGCGCGGCGCGCCCGAGGCCCGCGGGAAAUGUAUGAAGGGUACAUGUAUGCGCCUGUCGGAGAAGACACACGUCUACGACGUCGCCAACCGACCCUGGCUGCUGCCGUUCAUCGCCGACCAGGCUAAAAGUGGAGACCGUCGUUUCUUGAGAAGCAUAAUUCGACAAGCGUCCAAUGGCUAUCCUAAAAUGAGGCCGUCGUUCGCCGAACUGGUCGACGCAAUCGACGAGUUCCUACGACGGCCCACGAAUGUGGAAGAGAGCCCAAAGGAGCGGCUCUACGCGUCGCCGCUGAUUCAAUCCAACGAGCGACGCAAGGCGGCGUUCUGGGACUACGCUUCUGUGGUUGUUCUAGGCGAAGGAAUGCGGGUCACAAAUCUGUGCGACGACCGGGGCCUGGCCUGCUAUGAAAGUGAGGAGCUGCCCGCGCCCGCGGACCUCACCCUGUUACGACACAAGGACCGGCACCGGCGGGACCACGACCCUUCGGAAGCGGACAAGAAGGACCCCGGGGCCCUCGAUGUCGUCUAUGGCCGCUUUCGAUUUGACGAGGGUCUGCUCGCGCGGGCGGUCCCGGCACCAAGUUUUACAAUUUUGUUGGUUGCGGACGCCUGGUCCGUCGUCCAAAGGACUUUUGAUGGGAGCCUCGCACCAGAUAAAUUUCUGGAGAGACGCUUCCCCCGGGGCGUCCAGGCCUUCGUGUUGAGCCUGGCCGGCCGGCCCCAGAACGGAACCCUGACGCAGAGCGACUGCGACCGGGCGGUCCGGCACCUCGACUCUUUUUCGCUCGUCGCCGACGAUACGGAAACGGUGACGACCGUGCUCUACGGUCUCUACGACGUCGAAGCGCCCGCCGCGCCGCCUCCAUCGAAGAUGUCUCUACGGGCGUCGGCGGCCGCGAAGGCGCGGGUCCUCGACGCGAGCCGGUGCCACGCCCGCGUCGCCGCCGCGGCGCGGGCCCUUCCGACGUUCUUUUCUCCUUCCUGAUUUCGAACCGCAUGUCGCAGACGCGCGCGACCCCGAUCCGUCGCUUUUGGGACCCGUCGGCUCGACGCUCCGUCGCCGGCGUGUGAUUUGUUUAACUGUGAGUAAAGCUCUUACAAGCU